AUGGCAGAAGGAAGUAAUCUCGUUCAACUUGAACCAGGGAAAAUCAUCGACAAGUACACUGUGACUAGAAAGCUGGGAGAAGGUUCUUUUGGAGCUGUGUAUGCGGUAAGAACUUACUCACUACAUUCUUCUGAGCCACUGCAUUCUUUCAAAAUAUUGCAGCUUUUACGACUUGAGCUUAUCGUGAUGCAACGCCUUCAAGCGAGAAAUGCCGUUCACAUGCCCGACUUAAUAGACAAAGGACGUUUGGAGCACUUUAACUACAUCGUGAUGAAACUACUUGGAAAAUCUUUACAGGAAGCGAAAAAAUCAGGUCCGGAUCAACAUUUGUCAUUAGGACCAGCUAUAGGAUGCUCUAUUCAAUGUCUAGAGGCGCUCGAGGAACUACACUGGGCCGGAUUCCUUCACAGAGAUGUGAAACCGGGGAACUUCGCAGUCGGUCGUGCUGAAACGGGUGACCUUCGAAAGCUCUACAUUCUCGAUUUUGGAAUGUGCCGCAAAUACGUGGAUAAUAAAAAUGUGAUGUUGCAGCCUCGGAAGAAGGCUCCAUUUCGAGGAACUCCUCGGUAUGCACCGAUCACUUCACACAAUUACAAGGAACACUGUCGCAAAGACGACAUUGAGAGCUGGUUCUACAUGCUGAUCGACUUCACAAAUGCUCAACUUCCGUGGAAGGGAGUCACGAAUAUCAAGGAUGUUAGAAAAUAUUCUGCUCGAGUGAGUUGUCUUAUGUCGUGCUUAUUAAGCGGUUGUGUGACCACUGAAAGAUGGCUAUAUCAUAUCGAUGGUCUUCAAUUCUUUGACGAACCUGACUACCAAAUGAUUUAUGUUACCUUGCGAAAGGCCAUGUCCAGGAACGCAGUGGAAGAAUUUCCAUACGACUGGGAAAAGUGCAUACAAUGA